CUGGUGCAAACUUCAACUGGAGAUAUAAAGCAUACAAAUCCCCAUAUAUUUGGUUUUUCCAGCUUGUGCCCGUUUUAUUGGUCGAACGAGCGCAGCAUUGUUCGAUUCUCAUCAUGCCCUCGGACUUCUCCCCAGAUCGGUUCGCAGACAAGCUCGCUACAUGCAGCGAGACCGCGGCGAGCAUUCAGGCGCUGAGUGGAUGGAUCUUGUUCCACCGUCGGGCCAUCGCAGAGAUGGUGGAUGUGUGGUACUCGAGCUACAAGGUGCAAAAGGCGGCGCACCAGGUCGUGCACUUGUACGUUGCCAACGACGUGAUGCAAACCGGCAUGCGCAAGUACGGCCGUGACAUUCCCGACGCGUUUGCGGAGAAGUUGAUGCUCGCGAUCGCGAUCACGAUGUCGGAAGGAACGCAGAAGACCCAGGACGUGGUGCGCAAGUUGGUCCAGGUGUGGCGGGAACGGCAUGUGCUGAGCGACGAAGUGAUCGACACGAUGAGCGACAUGUGCAGUACCGUCGUGAAUGCGCGCAAGGACGCAUUGAAGGACACGAUGGCGCUCGCGAAGCAGCACGCGGCGGCGACCAACAACGACGACGAGUCCCUCGUGCUGCAAGACAUCCCAGACGCCGUGGACUCGGAGAUGACGCGGGACACGAUUCGCAUGAUCGAGGAGCUCGAAGGCGAAGUGGUGUCGACGGAUCUACUGAGCGAUCGGAUGUUUCAGUUGAGUUCGAACUUGCAUUACUUUGCGCAGGCGACAACCACGUCCGACGACGACGAGACAACGAUCACCGAGUGGGACCAGUUGGAAAUCCCCGUGUUUGAGAUCGACCUCGACGGCAGCGCCACGCAUGUAGCGGCCUUCCGCCGUCACUUGGAGAACCAGCUGGACAAGCGGACGGCACUGACGGCGCACUUUACGAGUCUGGCCAACCACGUCGUGCUGGACGACAUGUCGCUCAUCGAGAUCGCGGCGAGAAUGGACGAUGAGACCAAAGACAUGCAGGCGCUGCUGGAUCUGUGCGUGGAAGCCGCGGAGGCCAAGGAACAGAAGCGAAAGGAGUACGAAGCCGCGCUCCGCCGCCGCCACAGCCACCCGGACGUCGUGUCGUCGUUGCAUCAACAACAUCCCCAUCGUCUUGACCAUCGACGCAGCGACAGUGACCUCCACUCGUUCCAUCGUCCUCCCCCUCCACAUCACCACCAGCAGCACCAUCACCAGCAGCACGAAGACAUGGAGUGGCACCCCACGGAUCGACACACGACCGACGCAAGGUCUCGGUCGCGGUCCCGAAGUCGGUCCAAGCAAAGCAGGUCCUCCCACGACCACCAACGAGACGACCAUCGCCGCCGCGACGACAGUCACCGCCAGCGGUUUCCGCCGCCUCCCAUUUCCCAUGAUCCAGGACACGGACGAUGGAACGAACAAGACCGAGCCAAGCGGCCUCGACAAUACUAUUAACGACUACUACUACUAGUACUACUACUGC